GCAGGACCCUGAGUGAGGACUCCACCCUGGGGCUGCGCAGGAUCCUGUCCCAGUCCACAGAGUCCCUCAGCUUCAGGAACAGAGCUAUGUCAAUAGAGUCCCUGAACGAUGACGGAGACAACUACUAUAGUUCAGUGUUAGAAGAGCUGGAGCUUGAGGGACAGGACUUCAAGGCCGACUCCUGGAGCAUGGCCGUGGAGAGCAGCUACCUGCAAACACACCGCAAGAACAUCAUCAAGAGGCAGGAUGUCAUCUAUGAGCUGAUUCAGACAGAGCUGCACCACAUGAGAACGCUGCACAUCAUGGAAAGGGUUUUCCGGCAGGGCAUGCUGGAUGAGCUCCAGAUGGACCUGUGCACCGUUCAUGCCAUGUUCCCCUGCCUGGACCAGCUGAUCAGGAUACACUCCCACUUCCUGGCUCAGCUUCUCCUGCGGCACAACUGCAGCCUGCAGCCUGGAUCAUACCGCAACUACACCAUCCACCAGCUGGGAGACAUUCUUCUAGAGCAGUUCUCAGGUCAGUGUGCAGACGACAUGAGGAAGACCUACGCUGAGUUCUGCAGCCGCCACAUGAAGGCUGCCAAACUGUACAAGGAACUGCUGGCCAGAGACAAGAAGUUCCAGUGCUUCAUACGG